GCAGGCUGCUGCGUUCGAGCUGCUAGCCCUAGCCUGCUAGUGGAGGAGUGGUGGUGGUACUAAUUGGCAGCUUUGACCUCACCCUUCUGGUUCUCCUAUCCUUUCCUUCCCCAUCCUCUUCUCUCUCUGCCUGCUGCUGGUUUGGUGUCGCUGCCGCCUGCCAGUCCGUCUGGUCUGCUGGUGGUGGUGGUAGUUGUUGGAACGAGAGCGUCAGCUGGCAGUAGAGCCAAUCAAUGGCGGGGCUGGGGAGGUGAAGGUCUUCGCCGCUUCCAGGAGAAGGCGCCGGCCCCAACCCCAAGGAACAAGAGGGGUCUCCAGGUGGGCUGCUGUAGAUCCUUCCUCCGGCGAUCGUUUCUUUUUUCUCUCUCUACUCGUGGUCGAGGAAUUGGGGAUUUUUUCCCCGCAGCAAGUAGCAGCACGUUUGAGGCUCGCUGCUGCAGGUAGGCAGAGCAUGCGCCACGUCCGGGUGUCCUCCCACCAGGCCCCCGUCCACAAGCUCGGCCACGCGCAGAUGGCGCUCACGCCCAAGUUCCGCCUCGCCACCGCCGCCCCCGCGCCGCCCUCGCCCACGGAGGCCCAGCAGCCGGCCUGGGAGACGCCGCUGAUCCCGGGGCUCCCCGACGACGCCGCGCUCGGCUGCCUCCUCCGCCUCCCCGUCGAGGCGCACGCGGCCUGCCGCCUCGUGUGCCGCCGCUGGCGCCGCCACCUCGCCGACAAGGCGCGCUUCUUCGCGCAGCGGCGGGCGCUGGGCCUCCGCACCCCCUGGCUCUUCACCCUCGCCUUCCACCGCUGCACGGGCAAGAUCCAGUGGAAGGUGCUCGACCUCGGCCACCUCACCUGGCACGCCAUCCCCACCAUGCCGUGCCGGGACCGGGCGUGCCCCCGGGGGUUCGGCUGCGUCGCCAUCCCCAGCGACGGCACGCUCCUCGUCUGCGGCGGCCUCGUCUCCGACAUGGACUGCCCGCUGCACCUGGUGCUCAAGUAUGACAUCUACAGGAACAGGUGGACCGUCAUGACGAGGAUGCUCGCCGCCCGCUCCUUCUUUGCCGGCGGCGUGAUCGAUGGCCGGGUUUAUGUCGCCGGAGGCUAUAGCACCAACCAGUUUGAGCUCAAUUCCGCGGAGGUUCUUGAUCCGGACAAGGGCGUUUGGCAGCCAAUCGCUAGUAUGGGCAUCAACAUGGCCUCCUCGGACUCUGCUGUCAUCAGUGGUAGGCUCUAUGUCACUGAAGGUUGCGCGUGGCCGUUCUUCUCGUCGCCGAGAGGACAGGUUUAUGAUCCGAAGAUCGACCGGUGGGAGGCAAUGCCGGUUGGAAUGCGCGAAGGUUGGACGGGACAGAGUGUGGUCAUCGAUGGGCAUCUGUUUGUCAUUUCAGAGUAUGAGAGGAUGAAGGUUAAGAUCUAUGAUCCGCAGACGGAUUCAUGGGACUCGGUCAGUGGUCCUCCGAUGCCCGAGCGGAUUAUGAAGCCCUUCUCCGUCAGUUGUCUGGACAGCAAGAUUGUCGUUGUUGGCCGAGGUCUCCAUGUAGCGAUUGGGUAUGUUGAGAAGCAACCUGCUGCUGGUGGCAAUUCUGGUAGCAGGAGUUCAAGCUACUCCAUUUGUUGGCAAGAUGUGGAUGUUCCUAAGGAAUUCAGUGAUCUGACACCUUCGAGCAGCCAGAUUCUGCAUGCUUAAUUUAUCUUCGAGCCCGCCGUGGUGAUUCAUCUGCAAAAGUACCCCAGCUGAUCAACCUUCUCCGGUACUGUCUAUGACUGAUCUGAUCAACUCCUUAAAUUGCCCCUUUGAGCUGUACAAUUGUUGUGUUCUGUAUAGUAGGCUCUUUUCCAGUCAGAUCUCUAUGAUCUGGAGCUGUUGUACCUUGUUGUAAAGAAAUAAAUCGAGUUUCUCUAGAACAGAGACAAAUUAAGACCCCGUUGUAAGUAUAUGCUUGUCAGUUUUUUUUUUGAGAUUAUAUGCUUGUCAGUUCUUGAACA